GGGGGAGGUUGGGAGGGCAGCUGCAGAAGCAGCCCUCCCAGACACCAAGGCCCUGUUGCACCAGGUAACAGUGCUGCGCCCCCUCUUUGUUGGAUUGUUUGCCUAUUGAUGUGCAUUUCACUGACCUUCUAGCAAGGAUGGUCUCACGGACAAAGCGUUCCAGGCACUGGCUAUUUGAGGAGUCUAAAUAGCACUAUCCAUCUCCUCUACGUUGCCUUGGUUUUCUAUCUGUCUUGCUGUUAGAAAGCAUCCUGUUUCCAACCAUCCAGUACUGACUUGCAAUACUAUCUUCUUCCUAAAUUACCAAGUUAUCCGUGUUUGACAGCCUCUGCUUGGUUAUACAUCACGAUUUGAUUCUGCUGUCUUGUAUCAUUCUUUGGAGAGUCUUUUGGCACUAUCGUUGGCUUCUGUUUUGCCUUCACAAUGUUUCCUCCCUCAGACUCCUUCCUUCAUCAGUUUCAGAAGCUUGCCGAAGCGAGGGCCGAGCUGCAAACCCAGUUGGCCUCAGCAGCUCCACCUCCAUAUUCACCGAUACCCCCUGCUAUGCCCAGUGUGGAAGAGUCAUUUUGCGACGACACGGAAGGGACCGAGGAUGAAGGUAGCCAUGAAAUCUGCCCUAUAACCGUGAACAUCGAUGCGUCAAUCCAAGUUCUCGGACACGGGAACACCAUCGCCAUGCCGUCUGUUCCGAGCUACCACCAGCCCGGCCUCGGUGUGCAGAGUACAGACCAGGCCUGCAGAAAGUCUUCCACUUGGCCCUCUUCUUCGCAACUGCUGCAGCCUGCACAGAAACACAGGCAGGCGAGGCUGACCGAUCUCGCAGCCUCCAUUGUUGCGGCGAUCCAGCAAUCAAACCUCAAAGCGCAUGGCGAGAAUGGGAGACUCGGGCCCGUGGAGAUCAACAUUAACACCGGCCUGAAGAUCGAAGGAAGCCGGAACACUAUCUGUGCUGGCGUUACUCUUUCUGGCCGGGCACUGGGCAACAAGAAGAUCGAGACGAAUCAACAGAGUUUAUGUACCGACCAGGAAGAGAGGGGAAGGAAACGCCGCGCUCAGUCGGAACCUGCCGAAACAGCUUCUUUCAAAAUAGCCAGGGCUAAUUACUAGGCUGAAGGAAGCCCAGGCAAAUCCUUAAUGUCUAGGAAGAAUCGUUCUUUUAUUUCGACUCGCUGAAGCGAUUCGGCCAUCUGCAGCUGAUUGUAAUAUAUCUGGCAACGUCACCUGCAAGCAUGAUUCUCUUUCUUGAUGAGAUUUUUCUAUUCAAUCAGUUAUGAGCUUAUGGUACCUCCUAAUUUAGACCUCGGGCUGGAAAGAAACCCUUCUGAUAAUAAAAUGCACAUGGAUGCAGCAAGUAAUCGACAUAAGAGUCAAUAGAAUGAUAAUGCCAUGGCAGUCAAUCGAGUCAAUUGCAGAAAUACGAUGUGCGGAGGCCCAUACAUAGGACAGUAAUAUUCAUGGCCAAGCUAUAUGUGAAAAUGCUUACUAUUCCACCAUGAGAAGAUCUUUAUCUCCAGAUCAAAGUCAUCAUUCAAUAAAUGCAUCCGCAUGCCCUACAAUAAAAGCAUAGAACUAGCAUCGAGGAAAUCCGAUAUCACUCCUGCGCC